CCCAGCACAGCUACGCAAUCGCAAAGUCAAGCAAGAGGAAACUCAUCCGACAACGACACCACCAAGGAGGUGCGCCGCCGAAUGGGGUGAAAUUUGGUUUCGGGUUUUCUGCCGCAAGAUUUGUUCACUAAAAGGAAUGGAAAUGAUGUUGGUGAAAUCCUCGUUGAAAAGAAAGACUACUAGUCACUCAUUCGAACCAGGGAUCACUCGUGACAUUCUCUUAAGGUUACCAGUGGAAGCUUUAAACCGCUUUGAGCAUGUAUGCAAGCCAUGGCAAGCUUUAGUCCAGAACAUCAAUAUAAACAGACGCCGGCUCCUGUACGCCACUAUGGCCAAACCCCUUCUUUCCAUUCAAUAUGAAGCCCUCAAUAAGGAGGUUAUUGAUAGUGCAAUUAAAGAGGUUCAUUCUUCAAACAUAGUUGAGCCUAACACGGAUGUGACGUUGUUGGGCUCCUGCCAUGCACUGGUACUUCUCGAGAAGGAUGAAAUUCUUCUCUUGUUAUGGAACCCGUCCACUGGAGAGACUAGGGUUUUUCCAAAACCGGCUCUUCAGGAGAAAGAUUUGAUUUUUCAUGGUCUUGGUUAUGAUCCUUCAACUGAAGAUUAUAAAAUCAUACUAGGACAUAGUGAUCCGCUGAAGACUGUGAUUGAAGUGUUUUCAGUGAAGAGAAACGCAUGGAGGACGUAUAUAGAUCUCGAGUGUGGAAAACAGAGUAUGCAAGACCUUCAGGGGUGCUACUUAAAUGGAGCAAUUCACUGGAUCAACAUAAGCUUCAUGAAGUCGAGCAUAAUCUCGUUCAGUCUAGCAGACAACAGGUUCGAGGAGACAUUGCCACUACCAGACUUGGGACCUGACAGAAGCUUUGAACUCACCUGCUUGGGGAUCGGCACUGCUAAAAAUCGUCUGUUUGUGUAUUCUGGACCCGAUUGUUCUUGUCUUAGCAUAUGGGUUAUGAAGGAAUUUGGGGUCGGGGAAUCAUGGACUAGAGUGGUACAUGUUCCUUCAGAGCUUAUACGUCAAGACUUUGGACGUGGUGAACACGGUUUGAAGCCAGUCUGCAUUUUGGAUAGCGGUCAAGUGAUGAUAGCACAUGAUGAGAAGUGCUUACUGUUGUACGAUCCUAAAGCAAGGACGUUUCGGAAGAUUAUUCAUGAGGACAUAUAUGAUUCUCCUGUUGAAGUUCUCACUUAUGAGGAGAACCUAGAGUCACUGCCAGUAGCAGAAGUGGUGAAGUUGGAGGAGGACUGA